AUGCAAAAUGCAAUUAAUAAGACAAGGCGAUACAUCGAGCAGUACAUAACAAGCGUGAGAUGGUUGAGAAAUUUAAUGAUUCCGGCUCUUGUUGCAUUGGUUACUUAUAAUUUUUUUGAAAUUAGAAUUUAUCAAACGAUGGCUGAUGUCACGAAUAAAGACAGCGAAGGAAAUUCAAAGAUAAAAUCUGCAAUGAUGUUUUGUGUGUAUUUUGUCGUUGGAUACACCAUAAAACUAGGCUAUGAGUUAUUUAAUGCCUACUUUGUUGCUUGUUCAAUCAAAAAUGCACUAACAAAUUUUUUUGGCGAUUACCUGAAAAUUAGUUACCAAAGCUUUACAAAAAUAGGAAUUGGCGAGGCCCAGUACAAUAUUAACAGAAGAGUAUUUGCCUUGAUAGAGUUUCUUUCGUCGGUUUGUGUGGAUUUUGCAUCGAAUUUUCUAUUUUUUCUUAUCGCCAUCGGAAGUCUUGGAAACGAAAUUAAAAGUGCUAGGCUAAAAGGCAAUUUCACUCUUGUGCAUUCUUGCAUUUAUGACUUUUUCGGUUAUUGCCCAGUUUCUGAGAUCAAUUGCAAGAAUUAG